AUGCACAAAGGUGGCGGCAAGCUCCUCAAUGGCCGAUCUUUCAAGUUCAUGUUUCUGAUUGAAAUGCAAGACUUUUCGAAAUUUAUCACCACUGGCGAUGUUGAUGCUCGGAAGGCUGCUCAUGACAAAGUGUUUGAUUCUGCACGCCUGAUAGAAGACAAGGCCAAGGUGGAAUCAGCGGGAUCUUAA